GAAAAAAAUACAGAAUUGUAUAAGAUCGAAUGUUUCUAGGUGUUAUUUUCUCCUUAUUGUGGCUACGUUCUUAAAGAAAAUCUUUGUUCUUUUUCUUUCAAUAAAUUUUAGUCAUAAAUAAAUUAAAAAUUUCGAAUCACAACUUUUAUGGAGUAAUUUAAUUGCAAGAAUCAGUAGAAAUAACGCAUUAAGAUUUUCUCUUAAAUUAGAUUGGAAGUUUAAAAAAAAAAAGUAAAAAGAAAUGAAUAGUGUCAGUAAAUAUAUUUACUUUUUUGUUGUAAACAUCGGCCAGAAUUACAGUAAGUUGAAACCUUUUUAUCGAAUUACUUUCUAAGAGAAAAAAAAAAGAGUAACUUUCUUCAAAAGAAGCGAUAGAACUGAUGCGGAUUGCGAAGAAAAGGAAAAUUUCAAUUAACUCGAAAGAAAAGAAAAAUAAAUUAAAGAAAGAAAAAAAGCGCACUUCUUUCUCCACAAUGGAAUCUCUUAUUUUCGUUUUUUUUUUUUAUCACGGUUCGGAAAAAGUUUUUAGCGGGCUUCAUAGCGAGAGAUCAAAAAAGUUUAAAACAAAACUAACUACUAUUUUUACGGAUAUCUCCUUUAAAAUGAAGUUGGUGUAAUUUAAGGGAAUGUUUAGAUUGGUUUUGGUAUCAUAACAAAUAGUUUAGUUGUUAGAAAACCCUGUCGGGCAGAAUUUUCAAGUUCUAUCUAGAGUUUCUUAAAAAACGGAUAUUAGAACCGGGUUUCCAAUGGUCGGAAUCAAUAAUAGGUCUGUCCACGGACUUCCAGCCGUCCCCGAGGGUAGCAGUCGAUCAACCCUCGAACACUACGCAUGCGUUGGGAAUUGACUCGUUUCCUCUCUUUUGCAAGAUCUUCACAAGACAUGUGUCUACGAAUCUUUUCAUUCGUGUUGUACGUUUGUUUCUAGCGUUCGAGAACGGUGCGGAAUUAAAAUUUUGCGCUUGCUCUGUCAGCAUGAUAUUGUUAUUGUUUUGAAGUCAUUAUUUUUGGAAAAUGAAUGACUUAAUUCGUUAUGAAUUAAUUCGUUAAAAAUUAUUAAAUAAAGCCAAACAAACAAGAUGCGUGGAAUAAAUGCAAAAAAAUAACAGAAAAAAAAUGUGCCAAUCAACAAGACUUUUUUAGAUGGCAUAAAAACACCUAAACAUUUAUCUUGCUAUUACACACAGUUAAAUGUAUCAAAUGUAGUUAAAUGUAAGAACUAAAAAUAUAUUUUUAUCACUGAAUUGUAUAAUUUACAUAUGUACGAGUAUGUUCGCAGUAACUUGAACAAUUGAUCAAAAUGUUUUUUCCACAUAUUUGCAUUUUUUUGAGCUUGAUGGUUUGUAGUAGUGGCCAAGGAGUGCGACGGGUUGGAUCAAGGCCUGUUGGGACGAAAUAUGGCUCCAUUCGUGGACUAUUGGUAAAUUUACCAAACCGUAAUGUUGGUCCUGUUGAAGUAUUUCUUGGUGUUCCAUAUGCCAGUCCUCCAACUGGACUUUUACGAUUUAUGCCACCUGUAAACCCUAGCCAAUGGCGAGGUGUAAGAACAGCUGAUCGCUAUGGGCCCGUUUGCCCUCAGCGUUAUCCUGAUAUUAAGAAUGAGACUGAAUCAUUAAGACAUAUGCCUUCUGGAAGGCUGGAAUAUUUGAAGAAGUUGAUACCUUUUCUUCGUAAUGAAAGCGAGGAUUGUCUUUACUUGAACGUCUACUGUCCAGCGAAAAGAGAGUUGAGAGGACUACCAGUGAUUGUCUUCAUACACGGGGAUUCUUAUGAAUGGAGUUCCGGAAAUCCCUACGAUGGAACUGUCCUCGCUGGAUUCGGAGAAGUUAUUGUCAUUACCCUUAACUACAGGCUUGGGAUCUUGGGAUUUCUCCCAGCCAUGGAGACUACUUCAAGAGGUAAUUACGGUUUGAUGGACCAAAUAGCAGCUUUACGUUGGGUUCAAGAAAAUAUUGCCCAUUUUGGAGGAGAUCCAAGAAAUGUUACUUUAUUAGGUCAUGGUUUUGGAGCGUCAUGUGCUCAUUUACUCAUGUUUUCACCAAGGGCCAAAGGACUUUUUCAUCGAGUUGUUCUUCAGAGUGGUUCAGCAUUUAGUCCUUGGGCAAUUGCUCAUGAAGCAAUGACUUUCACGCGCCAUCUGGCUAGAAAGUUGGGAUGCCCUGUUCUUGAUCAUCCAGCUCUUGUUCGCUGCAUGAGACUGCGACCUAUAUCAGAAAUCAUGAGAGUACAACUUCUUGUACCAGAAUAUUUAACAGCAUUUGGACCAAUUGUAGAUGGUAUAGUUAUUCCAGCUGAACCUGAAAAACUACUGUUAAAUACUCCUACAGAGCUACAAAAUGUGCCAAAAAUAGACGUGCUAAUCGGAGUUACAAGGAUAGAAUCUUUCUUCUAUUUUGGUGCCAGUGAAGAGCGUUAUGGUAUAGAAGCUGGACGCAGAGACCGAAUUUUAAGAACUUUAGUUCGAAAUUUAUUUACUUUCCAUUUGCAAGAAAUUUUCUUGACAAUAGUCAAUGAAUAUACUGACUGGGCGAGACCUGUGCAACACCCAGUAAAUAUUUUAGAUGGAACUGUGGACGCUUUAUCGGAUGCCUUAGUAGUAGCUCCCUUAAUAAGUAGCGCAAAUAUUUUAUCUAAACUAAAUCACAGGACGUUUUUGUACGUAUUUAAUUAUCCAACUGAAGCAAGUGAUUAUCCACAGAGAUUAGUAUGUGUACAUGGUGAAGAUAUUCCUUAUCUAUUUGGAGCUCCAUUAGUUAGUAAUUUAGCUCAUUUUCCAAACAACUACAGCAAACCCGAAAUUGCUUUAUCUGAAGCAAUUAUGCUAUAUUGGACAAACUUUGCCAAAUACGGGGACCCAAAUGUGAUCCAUGAUUUAGAAAGCCCCGAAAGAACAAGAACAAGAUUUGAGAGAUUUGUGUGGCCUUUGUAUGACAGCAUCAAUCAAAAGUUUCUUUCAUUAGCUAUGAAACCAAAAAUAAGAGAUCAUUACCACGCUCAUAGACUAUCUUUCUGGUUAAGUCUGAUUCCAAAGCUUCACCGACAAGGGGUAACUCCUGGUGUAGCAACGCAACAUCAUCUACUAGAUGACCAUGACAAUCCUUCAACAUAUGAUGGUAUAGUUCGACAAGGACCAGUAUUGACUGCACUAGGUAUGCCACCUCGGGCUCCCACUGUAAAGCCUCGAUCUAAUUUCCCUAUACCGACAGUAGGUCCUGGUGUUAAAGUGAUAACUCAAGUUUCUGAAUCAUUGACAUCUUUCUCAGCUCCAGGAGAACAAAUGCUUUCAGAGACAUCUUCCGAACCUACAUCAGUAAAUGUUUCCGGAAGUAUGGCUUCAUCAGAUACUGUGGUAGUGCAAAAAGACAAUUACAUGACAGCUUUGCGUGUGACAAUUAUUGUAGGAUGUUCAUUACUCAUAUUAAAUCUUUGUGUUUUUGCGGGUGUUUAUCAUCAAAGAAGUGAAAAUAGAGCUGAGAAUGCCUUGCGAGAAGAGAGCUAUAAAAAUUCUCAAAGUGAAGCGGAAGUUGAAAUUACUCCAGCAGUUAUAAAGCCCACCAUAAUUGCUCCUCCACCUUCACCUGAUCUUCAGAGAUUGGCAGAUCUUCCUCAAUUCAUUCCACCACCUCCAACAUUUGUACCAACUCAAACUCCUCCUGGAUCUCCUAACACCUCACCUACUUAUAUACCUCUUCAGGAGACAAGCUCGAAACUCAAGAGCUCUCUCACGCAAGAAGGACAAAAUGCACGUUGCAACAUAUACCCACCUGACAAGAAACAAGGGGAUUCAAUGAAGAAAGAAUUCUGGAUGUUCUGAAACAAAGCAUUCACCAAAACAUUUUACAUAUCCUCAUCAGAUGAUCGAUCCUCAAGAAUCUUCUUCUACUUGGUUUGAAGCGAAUGGUAAUCUGACGUUUCAAGAAAAGCACAUCCGGGGAAAGUGCUUUUACUGUCUACUUGAGUUUGGUUGCACAUCUUUACUACAGUAUCAUUCAUAGUGUAGCAGAUGUGACAAGAAAAGCACAUCCGUGGAAAGUGCUUUUAUGUCUACUUGAAUUUGGUUGCACAUCUUUACUACAGUAUCAUUCAUAGUGUAGUUGAUGUAACAAGAAAAGCACAUCCAUGGAAAGUGCUUUUACAAUGUACUUGAGGGCGAAUGCACAUCUUUGCAACAGAACCAAUCAUAGUGUGCAACAUCCGCGAUUGCCCAUGAUAACAUAUGGAUUAUUUCCUUUACAUGGUAACGUUAUAAAACGGAAAAGCAUAAUAUUUAAAGCUGUUACAUAUUUGAACAGCUGUUACAUAUUAAGCCAAAUGUACUCUUGUGAUUUAUUGCGUUUUUCAUGUGGAUGUUAAUGUUACCUUUUUCAGUAAUUCAAACAACCCAGAUCUGUAAGGAUCUGUUUAUUGUGAUUUUUUUUAUAAAAAGUAAUGCGUUUCUACUGAAGUAAGUAAUUAGAAAUAGAAUGGAUAAUGUAAAGAUUUCAGAGAGCUCGAUAUUUUUGCAAAAAUAUUUAUAUUUAUGGACACUUAUACUGUAGAAAAGAUAUGCGAUUAUUUUAAAAAAAGUAUUCGUUAAAAAUAUUUACAUUGGUAUACUUUAAACUAAUGUAGCAAACAAAGUUUCACGAGAAACUUUCUAUAACUACCAGUUCGGUGGAAACUGUAUAACUUAUAAAUUUUAAAAAGCCGAGUCAUGUUUAUAAAGUUUAUAAGGGGUUAUGUAGGAUCGACAGAGUUAGAAACAUUUGAAACUGAAAUAUGGUUUGUGUUAAAUAAAUUAUUUCUGUAUUAUAUAUGCAUUUAUUUUCAGACUGAUUAAAAAAUUAUCUUUAUAGGAGAAAACCAACUUUUUAUUUUAUGAAGAUAAUUGACAGAGAUAUAAUAGGUUCGAAGUAGGUAUUCAAUAAAAAUAAAGCCUUAUAUUGAUCUUAAGACUUAUUUUUAUUUUUUUAAUAUCAUUUUUUACAGUCUCAUUUAAAAGCUAUUUUUGUUAUCAAUCAAAUAGUUAUUAUCAGCUGGUUGAAUAUUGUAUUUAAAUACAGCACCGCAAUAUGUAAUACUAAAUGUACGGAUAUUCUGGUUCAACAAUAUGAAAUUUUGUACUUUUUGUUUAGUACUGAAGAAAAAUGUGUGCUCAUUAGUUAUUUAUAUAUUAAUCGCAACUUAUUAAUAAACAUACAGUGUAAAUCAUUUAAUGUAAAGUUACUUGUUUUCAUUUUAUAAAAAGAUAAAAAGGUUAUAUUUAGACAUAAAAUUUAAGAAUUCAAAAACGAAAUGUUAAAUACAUUUUAUUAUUGAUCUGUUUUAAGAAAAAAUAAGGAUGCAGGACAAAUUUCCGAUUUGCACAACAUUUUAUUGGAAAACAAAUGCAUGACUGGAUGACACUUUAUUAAACAGAGUGAUUCAUUUCUAUUCGCUCAAAUUUGAUAGAGAAAUAGAUUAUAAUGAGCAUUUCUUAAGUAUAAUCUUUUCAUUGCAUUUUUAAAACCUGUUUCAAAAACCAUUCUUAAGGUGAGGGUGAACCUAAACAAAUAUCUAUUAAUGAAAGUUAGAAAGCAAAUAACAAAUGAAACUUUCCUUUGGUCUUUUAAUCGUAGUAGUACUACUUUCCAAUUCUUAAUUUUUUUGUUCAAAAUAAGUUUUGGAAAUGUCUUUCGGUUUCCUCUCACAAAUCCUUCUCUCAUGAAUUUCCCAAAUUUGAUGCAUCUUCGUUUUCAUAUAAAUAGGUAUAAAAUAUACUGUUUUAUAAAAUUGAAUGUAGCAGAUUGAAUAAACUAAAAGAUAAACAAAAAUUGUAUUUUACUUAAAAGAAAAAAAAAAAGAAAAUGAAGCUGUACAUCUAUACAACAUUAUGCAUCCUAAGGCUAAUUUUUAGUCAUUUACAUAUAUUUAAAGCAACUAUUUGAAGAUGUCUGUUUUGAAGAUGACCAUUUACCUGACUACAAGAAUGACACGAAUGAUGAGUAUUUAAUUUUAUUAUUCUUUUUUUUUUAAGUUAAGGAUAGACUCUUGGUGGUUUUGAUUUCACUGUGCACAACCUGCUUCAACUUUGUACACUGGAAAAAAUUCCAGUUCAAAUCACAGUAAAAAGUACUUGUAUGUAACAUCAGUAAGAUCCAAUUUACCGUGAAAUUCAUUUUUUUACAGUAAAAUAAUAGGCCGUACUUUUUACGAUAAUAUUUAUUUAAUAAAAAUCAUGUAAUAUUAAAUGUUACUGUAAAAUUUAUGGUGCAUCAGAUUUUUGCUCCUCCAACUUUUACAGUAAAAGAAUUUGAAUUCAGAAAAGUAUAUUUCAAGAGAAAACUUUGAGUAAAUGACUUUAAACGUAAUACUUGAAUCUUAACAACAGCGACGAGUAAUUUUUUUGACAACUCUUUCUAUCAAAUUGCGUUAUUUUAAUAUAGGGUCAUCGAAAUGAAGCGCAAGAAUUACAAAAUUGAGUGAUGAAAAUCCAUAAUAUAACAUAAUAAAUGCUAGGAAAAUAUAAUUAUUCUGAACAUAAAUUUGGCAACAAAAAUAUUAUGAGAAAUCAAGCUCCUUUAAAACAUAUUUCAAUAUGUUACAUAUUGAGCAAAAUUAUUGAUUUGAUAGACAUUAAGACGAUAACCGAUGUCCAUCCAUGCCUUGUGACGAAUUUGUCGAUUUGGCUUCAGUUCCGCAAUGAUUUGAUUUUUUAAGAGGAUGAUAUCAAUAAUUGUUUUCUAUACGCAUUUUUCUUAAUGUAUCUCUAAAAGAAGAAGUCUAAAGGCGCAUGAUUGGGACUUCGUUGAAGAGGCGUAAUUGGACCAUCUCUCAUAUUCUAUGAGUUGGAGGAAAAUUUGUCAUUUACAGAAUUUACACGUAGAGACAUGCGGGGUGGAGGAAACUUUUCUCAACAUUUUAAAACAAACAUUUCUAAACACUUAAAUCCCAAAUUUCUAUUCUAUUAAAAUCUCCGAAUUCUUUUUCGAUGACCCUGUACUUUCCACCCUUUCAAUUGAGAAUAAAAAAGCGUAAUCCACCUUGUCAUGUUAAAACAUAUUUCUUUGUUUCAUUUAUUCUAAAGUAAACUUCAUAACCAGAAAACUCCCAUUAGACUCUACAAUUAGCUUGACACCACCAUUGUUUUUCUAGGACCGCAUUCAAAAUAUGUUUUUGUAUAGGUUGGAAAUUAAGCAGAUAUAAUAAAGUAUUUUAAGUUUCUCUGGUAACACAUUUAAAAAAAAAGAAGUAAGUUUCUUUUCUUUUUAUACUCGCUUUUUCAAGAUUUGAAAUAAUAGUUUAUAUUAAAAUAGUGUUUUGUUUAUAUCUGUAUUUUUUGAAGAAGCAAACUAAAUUAAUUUACAAUGUGCAGAAAUAUAAAGUGUCAAUCUAUACUUUAUUGCAAUUUCUAAGAUAUUUACAAUGGUUCAUUUAUUCUCUAUCAAAACAUUCCUAUUAUUAUUGUAAUGUUUCUUAAGUUUUGCUUAGCUUUGUUUAACGAUUUGUACUAAUAUAUUUUCCUUUAUUAAAUUAGAUGCUGUAUAUUUGAGAAUAUUUACAUAAUAUGUGAAAAUAUUUUUUGCCUCAUUUUGAAAAACAUAAAACUAUUGCACUUCUGUGAAAUUUUCAGAACACGUAAGAAAUUUAUAUACGACACAACGACAGUUGCUUAAUUUCUUUAUAAUAGCUUCAAUAGUGUUUGUGUAUUUGUCAUUGGAAUAAAAAUGUUGAUUGUUCUCUUGUUAAAUUCAUUUUAAUCUUGAUUUAAUUAUUUUUUUACGCUCGACACAAUGGGUAAGGUAUAUCGUUGGUGCUAUAUGAUCUCUUAGAUCAAAAUAUCAGGACUACAAACAGAAAAUAUUUAGGAAAUAUUUCUGCGGAAUUCUCUAUUUCAGAUGCUGAAAGAAAAAACCUACAUUUGCUUUAUGAGAAGCCAUUAGAGACAAUACGAAAACCAUUCAAUGCUAGUCUCAUGGGAGUCGGAAUAAAUCUCCUUGGAUUUCUUUCUGUAUGGAGCAGUUUUUUAGCUGGCUUUCUGAGAUGCUAAAGUUUGCUCAACUAUGU